ACAGAGAGAAAGGAGGAAGGAGGAUGUUGCUUUUCGUGAUGCUAGCUUAGGCCAGGAUGCAUCAGCUACUGUGACAUGGUGGGUGACUCUGCUACAUAGCUGUGUUACAUUGUUCUGCUGCUCCGUUGCAGAGAAGGAAGGGAUGCUUAAUUCAGAGAAAGCGACUUGAUGUGAGAAUCAGAGAGAAAACAGGAGGAGGUGGUGGAGGAGAGUAGAGGAAUAUGAGAUCUGGGUACCCACGUCCUAUAUUUCCAAAAUGAUGAAGACAGAGGGUAAGACCACAGGUGGGGGGCCCAGGAGUUCAUCCCCACAUAGGAAUGCAUAUGAAGUCGGGGUACAAACGCUCCGCACCGGCAAAGAUGGCAUGCCAGAGCCAGAAUCUGAAGAAAUGCGCAAAUCGCGCUGCAAAUAUGGUUCCAAUGUUCACCGCAUAAAAAAUAUGUUCCUGCAAAUGGGAACGGGCCCACCAGGUACUGAGCCAGAACCUGGGCGGGCAAAGGAGAAACCGUCACGACUGACAUUGCCGCGGGCCGGCAGCUUGAAUGAGAAUGUCAACCACAGUGCACUACUGAAGCUAGGAACCAGCGUGUCAGAGAGGGUAAGUCAUUUUGACCCCCCGGCAGACAGGCCGCCUUCCAAGUUGCAAGAAGCGCGUCGGGUUUUUGAGAGAAACCUGCAAGAAAAGGAGACCACAAAUAGAAUUUUCCUGCGCAAGGAGAGGGGAGGUUUUCAAGACAGAAAAUUGGACGUUGUUGUACGGUUUGGAGGUAGCACAGAGUCACUUGACAAGCUAGACACAGAGGCGGUCUCCCCUACUGUGAGCCAGCUGAGCGCAGUCUUUGAAAACGCAGAUUUGCGCAACAACCUACAUAAAAUUCCAGUUAAAGGUCCAACGGGGCGGCGUACAAGACUUUUUCAACCAGAUACUCCCAAGGUAGGCGAGGAGAAAAAGACUUUAGAAAAGGUGGGAGAUGGGCGAAACAGGCCAGCAACAGUCCCAGAGAUCCGUAAAAUCAAACCGGUGGAGGUCGAAGAGAGUGGCGAGUCUGAAACCGAUGCACCGAAGGAAACGGACGCCCCAAAAACAGAAGAGACUGUCAACACUGGAACUGAAAAUGGUGGCUUGGAAGUAAAGGGGGUGACGGCGCGGGAGGCCGAUUUGGCAGAAGAAGGAGAAGGAGAGGUGGCUGAGGAGGAUUAUAAGAGGGAAGACUGGUCUGAGGUUGAAGUGCUAGAACUCAGUGCCUGCAGUGGACUUGGGGAGGAUUCAGGGGGCAGUGGUUUGGAAGAAGAUGAGGAUGGCUUUUAUGAAGCAGUGAACAGUUGCCUAGAGAUUGAGGGUCUUUCUGAAGAGGAGGAGCCGGCUCCAAGCAGAAAAAUACGUUUCAGCACAGCUCCAAUCAAGGUAUUUACUACAUACUCUAAUGAGGACUAUGACCGGCGCAAUGACGAUGUGGACCCCAUGGCUGCCUCUGCAGAAUAUGAAUUGGAAAAACGGGUGGAGAGGCUGGACCUGUUCCCCGUGGAGCUGGAGAAAGACUCUGAAGGCCUCGGGAUCAGUAUUAUUGGAAUGGGAGCCGGGGCUGACAUGGGACUGGAAAAGCUUGGAAUAUUUGUAAAAACUGUGACAGAAGGUGGAGCAGCUCAUCGAGAUGGCAGGAUCCAAGUCAAUGACCUUCUGGUGGAAGUGGAUGGGACCAGUUUAGUUGGAGUCACCCAAUCCUUUGCGGCAUCUGUCUUGAGGAAUACUAAGGGUCGCGUGAGAUUCCUGAUUGGUCGAGAGAAGCCUGGUGAACAAAGUGAGGUAGCACAGCUCAUUCAGCAAACCUUGGAGCAGGAGAGAUGGCAAAGAGAGAGUAUGGAACAGCGAUAUAGUCAGUGUAAUGAGGAUGACGAAGAGACAGGGGAGUAUGCAACUGAUGAGGAGGAUGAGGAGAUGAGCCCGAUGUUUCCAGGAGGAGAAUUAGCCAUUGAAGUGUUUGAGUUGCCUGAAGGAGAGGAUGCCUUGUCACCCGUAGAGAUGGACCCAGAGAAGCUGGUUCACAAGUUUAAAGAGCUUCAGAUCAAACAUGCAGUGACCGAAGCUGAGAUUCAGCAGCUAAAAAGAAAGCUGGCUGGCCUAGAACAAGAACGUUCUCGCUGGCGGGUAGAGAAGGUCCAGUUACAGCAGAGUGUCCAGGAGAACCGGGACCGUGUGGAGAAGCUGCAGGGAUACUGGAUGGAGGCUCAGAACCUGUGCCAGGCAGUGGAUGAGCACUUGAAGGAGACCCAAGCACAGCAUCAAGGACUUGAACGGAAGUACAGCAAGGCCAAGAGGCUCAUCAAGGAGUAUCAGCAGAAAGAGCUGGACUUCACAAAUAAAGAGGAAACACAGAAGAAGGAGUUGGAAGAGCUGGAGAAAGCUCGUGCUGGCGAGAUCCUCAGGCUACAGGAAAAGGUAUCGGAGUUAGAGAAGAAACUCCUCACCCUUCAAUGUCCAGUGUCCCCUUAGAUAUUAUGUUAUAAGAAAUGGGUACUUUCGGGCAAGUGUUGGAAGUUGCUUGUCUAUGCCUGCAGGAUCUCUUUUACCCAGUGACAGUUCUGCAGGUACUUGCCCCUUUCUGUGGCUUAUAAAAUACUCCUAACAUGGGGAAGGGCAAGUAUACUUUCAAAUGGGACCCUGUAUUAUGAAUAUGGUUCUCAAUGAACAGAACUUCUGGAAUGAAAUGGGACUUUGGCCGGCU